GUCAACAUAGUGUGUACGUCAAGCUGGGGUUAGGGAUAAUAUUUAGUUGACGAUCGUAGCAUGUGGUGAAGUAAUAACCUGUUGGACAGAUGGUAUUGUUGACGCUGGUAUCAUUGAUAAUUCUCAAUUGAACAAAUAAAGCCAAGAUUCAUUGAAUUAUCAAACUUGGCAUUCGAGAAUGGAGGAAACUGCUGUCCUUUGGAUGCUAGCGGUGGUGAUGCUGGUGGGAUCGUAUCUUGCUGGCUCCCUGCCACUUGUUAUGAACCUCUCCGAGGAUAAACUGCAGUUAGUUUCGGUUCUUGGGGCUGGCCUUCUAGUGGGUACCGCCCUGGCUGUGAUCAUCCCGGAGGGAAUUAGGGCACUCUUCAGUGAGGCUACUAGCCCUGCAGGCCAACAUUCACAUGAUGAGCACAGUGAUUCUCACAGUCUCAUUGGAAUCAGUCUCGUCCUGGGCUUUGUUUUCAUGCUCCUCGUGGAUCAGUGCUCCAACAGAAGAUCAGGGGGGAAGGAAAAAAGUAUGACAGCUACUCUAGGACUCGUAGUCCAUGCAGCAGCUGAUGGAGUUGCUCUCGGAGCUGCUGCAACGACAUCCCAAGCUGAUGUUGAAGUCAUUGUCUUUCUAGCUAUCAUGUUGCACAAAGCACCAGCAGCUUUCGGAUUAGUAUCUUUUUUACUUCACGAGGGAGUGGAUAAAAAAAGAAUUAGUCGACAUUUAUUAGUCUUUUCAUUGUCUGCACCUUGUCUCGCGCUUAUCACGUAUUUUGGCAUUGGAAAGGAAGGAAAAGAAACACUCAGUAAUGUCAACGCAACAGGUCUCGCUAUGCUAUUCAGCGCUGGGACAUUUCUCUACGUCGCGACAGUUCACGUUCUCCCAGAGCUAAUGACAAGGAAUAACAACGCUUACUCCCAUCUGCCCACAGCAGAGGGUGUGCCCGUUCCAUCGUCAGGACUAAAAUUCAAGGAGAUCGUUGCUCUCGUAGUCGGCUCACUCCUCCCUGCCCUACUCACAACGGGUCAUCAUCAUUGACACAAACGAUUCCCAACAUUUGAUUUUGGUGAUACUGCGAAGAACUGGAUGCGUUGGUAGGAACUAAAAUCAUUCGUUGAUUGGUAUUUACGGAGUUAUUGCUGAUGUCUUCGCACUUUUCUGUUUCUCUUACGAUUUUCUGAGGACUUCUCUUGGUCUGAUUGACGCAAAAAAUUUAUAAUUUCUCUCUAAUUUAAAAACCGUAGAUUUCUUUGGGAGAAUCUCAUCAACUGGUUCACCAGAAAUUACUAAAGUAGGGGAAAAGUCUCCGGAUAUCGGCAAAAACUCUUUAAAUAGUUUCGAUGGGUAAGUGCAACUCACUGGGCAAUCUGAUAAUAUUCAUAAACGUCACAUGAAUUUCAAAUUCUUUCAUACAACUUCUUUGUACGUGUACCUGAGAGGUUUUUGAUAUAUUGUUGUUUUAUUAUCGUUUUAUGAUAUUGGGACAUUUUUCCAUGCAGAAUUGGGUAGGGUAUCAUUUCCAUUGGGGGAUUAUUGAGUCUCUUCGCGUCACUAGAUGUAAAAUAUGUCAAAAUGUCUUAAAUUCAUUUAAGAAAAUGUCAGGUCUUUUGUUGGAAAAAAACCCACUUCAUUAAUUCAUUUGUCAGAAAUCAUCCACUUGAACGUUAAUUAUCAUAUUUUCAAAGUAUUUUUCCGUUGCAUUUUCAUGAGAUAGGGCCCAACUCUGCAGGUGGCUCUCUUAAAAAAUAAGUCUUCAAUAAUUCCGAAUAAUUAUGAUUUUUUACGUAAUUUAUUCAGGGAAGUUAUCGUGAAAAUUUGUAUUUUUAUUUUCAUGGAAUUAUGUAAUUAAAUCUAAUCAUGUAGAUAGAAUAAUAAAAGUGAUGUGUAAAUACACUUCACAUCAGUUGUCACAUUCGUGAAUGUAUUCCGGGGACUGAUGAAUAUAUGGGACUGAGCGUGACUCUUUGAUUUAGCUGACAAUGUGAAAAUUAUACCAUGAUAAAUCAACAAUUUUCGUUGGAAUCUGUAUAUUUUGUUGAAGUGGUGAGGAUGAUUGAGAAAUAAAAAAAAUCAAAACAUA